AUGAACUUCACCGACCCGUGUAAACAUACUGUUGACUGUGAAGACGGAAGUGACGAGCCGGAGGGCCUGUGCGCAACCAACCAGUGUGCCUCAGAUCACUUCCGAUGUGACAAUGGCCGUUGCAUUUUUAAUACAUGGUUUUGCGAUGGGGAAAAUGACUGCGGUGAUAACAGUGAUGAGAGUCCAGAACAUGGAUGCCAGCGCCAUCGACAGUUAGCCGUUCGCUGCCCGUUCGAGCAUACGCCGUGUCCUGGAACUCCGGAUGUCUGUAUACCACUUCAUAAUUUAUGUGAUGGCAAAGAUCACUGUCCGGGUGGUACUGAUGAAGGAGGCCGAUGUGCGCGAGAUUUAUGCGCUGCCGAUCGUGCGGGUUGUUCAUUUAAAUGCCAUAUGAGUCCUGAUGGGCCGUUGUGCUCAUGUCCUUUCGGAGAAAUGGUAAGUUUUCCUGUUCUGUCGGCUUUCUUUGGCGUGCUCACUAUUGGCCAUAUCAGGUUUCGAGUGUUGCUGUUCUAUUAG